AUGGAUGAGAAGAAUAUCAAUUUGCCAGAACCAGUAACUAAGAAUUUGUUCGAUAAAUCAUAAGAGAAAAGAGAAUAGGGAGGAGCUGAAUUGAUAAAAGUAAUCUAGAAUGCAACAGAGAAAACUAUCAUAGAAAUAGCUAAGCAUUUAAAGGAUAGAUAUAUCUCGCAACAAUAAUUUCAAUAUAAAAAAGGAGGACUACACGGAUUAUACUCAAUUGCUAUAGAUAUUUCAAAAAAAGAAACCAUCAUCAAGAACUGCUUGAAUUACAUUAUUGAUCCAAUGGUUGAUUGUAUGAGAGACAAGGAAGAGAGAGUCAGAUAUACGGCAAUUGAAUAUUUGUUUCUGACAUCUAAACAACUUGGGGAUUACGUCUUGAAUAAAUUGGAGGAUAUCUACAGUUACUUAGUUCAAAGUUUUCUGGAUCCGGAUGAAUCUGUCAGAAAGGCAGCAUCCCAAUUAGAUAAUUGUUUAAAGAGUUUGGUAACAAGCACAGCUCCUGAGAAAUAGAAUUUUAAGAUUUAAUCAUUUGUUAAAACAAUUAGUCAGUAGAUAGUUUUCAAAAAUCAAUAAGUGAAAUUGAAUCUGAUUUCAUGGAUUAACACUUUGAAUUCCAUUCCACAUAUUGAAUUAUUUGAUUAUAUUGAUGGCUUUUUGAUUGAACUCUUUCUAAUGCUUGCAGACACAAACAAUAAGGAUCCAUUUACUAAUGAAGCCAAAGUUGCUGCCAGAAAAUAACUAGAAGAAUUCUAAAGGGAUUUGGAGAGAUAUUCAAAAAGAUCAUCUUUUAAUCAAACUUAAGAAAUGAAAACUCAUAGAUAAAUCAUUCACAUCUUAUUAGGAUUAUUUUUAAAUUGGAUUAUGGAGUACUUGAAAAUAGUUAGUAAUGAAUUAGAUCAGCCAUCGGUUCAAUUCAAUCCAUUGGAAUUAAGUGGAGGAUAAAUUAUUAAAGGAAUUGACUUAAUGUCAAAUAUCUUUGAACAGAGAAGAGAUUCAGUGCUUUAAUCUGUUAUUAUGGAAAAAUUAAAUAAUAUUUUAAAAAUAAUACUCUCCUUAUUAUCACUUGAUUCACUUUAGAUUGUGAAUUAAGCCUAACAAAUAAAUGAUUUGUUGUUGCAAAUUAUGGACAAAAUGAAAGCUUCAGGCAAAGAAUUUGUAGACAUCAUGCCAACCAUUUAAGAUAUGCUUAAAGAAAAGAACAAUCAUACUGCAGAAAAAGCAUUAAUGUGGAUGAGACAUCUGUUGAACACUCAAACAGAGAAGUUGAAGCCAAUGAUUGAAAAUAUUCUAGAAAAUUUAAUUGAAAGACUUAAAGAUGCUGAAGCUCAGGUUGUAGAGAACGUUAUGGAUGUUUUGGCUCGUAUAUCUCAUGAACAAUAUUUUGAUAUGGUCAUAGAGAAGAUACUGGACAUAUUCCAUAAAAAUGUUAACUUAUUGAAUAGAAUGAGUUAAAUUAUUAUUAAGAAACUUUGUGAAUUCUGGAAUGCUGAAGUCGUCUACACUCAAAUUUGCAAUAAACUGUUAGAAAACUAUGUCUAUGUUGGAGAUGACAAUCUAGAUCUAGCCUUUACAUAAUAACUAGUUCAAUCAUUAGAAUAUCUGCUAAUUACAGAACCUCGCCUAUAAAAUAUAAGAAUGAAGCUUAAAAAUUAUAAAUACGAAAAGAACCAAAAAACUGCUAAAUCAACUUAUGAAUUCUUCAUCAGCAUUUAUAAAACAUUUUGUUAUAAUGAAGUAAGUGCACUAUCAUUGUCUCUCUUAAUUGAAGAGUAUGAGCUCACUUACAAUAUCAUCUUAACAAUUGCAGAACAAGAAACCAAUGUUGAAAUCUUGGUAUAGAUAGCCAGAUUAACCCUGUUAUUAGAAUCGCCAGUCUUCGCAUAUUUAAGACUGUAAUUAUUAGAAUCUGCUAAUCACCCUUUUCUUAUUUAAUCAUUAUAAGGAUUAAUGAUGUUAUUGCCUUAAUCUCCAAUUCAAAAAUAUCUCAAAUCUAGACUCAAAAAUAUUGAACUGUUCAUAAAGCCUGAUUCUGAUUUAUCAUAGAACAGAGAAAUCCAAAAUAAAUUAGAUACUUAAUUAUUAUUAUAGCUUUUCAAAAAUAGUAAAUAAGAAUAGCAGGAUUUGAAAGACAAUUAUGCUAAAACUUAAUCCAAAUGA